UUGUAAAUGAACUGUGAACGUCCAGAUGUGUGGACUGUAGUAGGCACUUGGUUGUACAUGCAUUUAGCUGAGAGUUUGUUGAAGAAUUUGUCUCAGGUAGGGUCUUAAGUUUUGAUCAAGGCAUACAUUUCUUCUGUGAAAUUGGACCCUACAUUUAUACUUUGAUGACACUCAAAACCUGUCACGUACCUGGACUCGACUUUCAGACAGGGCCUGAGAGAGAAAGCUCCGAUGCAGUCCUGGAACCAGACACAAGUGAGGAACUAUUUGAAGAUGUCGUUGUUCUGUUUGUAGCCUCCUAGUCACUUAACCUUGGACUUCCCAACACAAGGAUGCCAUUGCAAGGGGUCGGAAUCGGACUAUGUUGACCUCAACAUGCAGGACAUCCUCUCGGAGCUGUACCAGCCGUUUGACUCGGUGGCGCCCUACCUGUUGUCCCAGGUCUGUCGCGUCAUGGACCGGCACUACGAUGGGGACGGGAUACGAUUCCUGCAGGAGUUCCUACUGCCUACCAGGGCUCUGCUGCUGCAGCUGAAGGAGGAUAGUUGGCUACAAUUGAAGCACAAGCCAAGGGAUGACGGCUGGCCCCUGUGUCACCACGGCAAUGUGGUAGUGCAUCUGUGCGAGGUGGACCGCGAGUACCUCCGUCAGGGCGACUACUACCUCUACAUCAAGCCCAACUCUCCCUCCUCCCAGUCCCCGGCCGCAAACAACAACCCAAACUCCGUCACGCUGACCCUCCAGUACCUGACAUCAGACGGUGAGCUGGAGGAGAUCCCCGUGCCUGCCUCGACUUUCCGAGAGGUGUUCACCAGGCGCUGGCUCCGGGAUGCGAUCACGGACAUCCUUCCACCCUCCCCAUCUUCCAGUGCAAUGGACCUGAGCCCUUCCUCAGAAGGCAACUCCAACGUCUUGCAUCCUCAGAGACCCUUGAGCAGCUGCCUGAUUGCCGGGGAGCUUGGACUUCAACGGGACGAGUGGAGAGACAUUGUCCAGCCUCCCGUCAUGGAGAGGAGACUGUCGGGUCGUAGGUCAAAGGCCCAAAGGUCGCGGGGAGGAGGAAAUAGUAGUACGAGUAGUAACAGGAGUACCAAUAAUGGCGGAGCGGUUCAGCCGGGAGGCGGAAGGAAGAAGCCACAAGAGAAGCAAGCUGGGACAAGAGAAAUGAGGAAACCUGGCUCUGGUCUGGGCAGUACCAGCUCUGACGAUGGUAGCGGACACAAGGAUGCAAGGACAUCUCAACUGCAACUAGCCCAGUAUAUGCUGGAAGUCAACUUUGAACUGUUGCACUCACAGGCUGUCAUUCUUACAGGGUCGAGAGACAGCAGGGGCGGAGCCAUCUUGGAGGUACAAGGGGACAGUUCUGUCUGGAUGGAGGCCCAGUACAGUCUUCACGACAUCAGCAAGGUGAUUGGAUACCUGUUUGGCAUACCCAGAGAGGAGGUUCGUGCCAGAGGCUUAUCCGUGGCAGUUGAUGCCAGAUCUGCACCCAAGUCUGCCGUGGAAAUUAUCGCAGAAUCUCUCCAAAUACUAGAGGAGAGCUACCCUGGCGCAAUCCAUCAGACAACAGUCCUCACAGAUUCAGACUCCGUUCUGAGUCGCUUCUUCACAGGCUACUCCAAGCCAAGAGUCAACUACAAGUGCGAGGUCGUGCAUUCUAUCGACAAGCUCCAUCAGCAUGUUGCCGCCAAUCUUCUAACCAAGAGAUUUAGUGGAAGAUUCCCUUACGACCAUGACAGCUGGGUCCGGUUUAGAAUGAAACUGGAGCCCUUCAUCUCCGGCUGCCAGAGUGCUGCCAAGUUCCUCUUCGCCUCCAUGGAGGACUUCACCAUGACCGGUACCCCGCAGAGCGCCAGUGAAAUCAACCACGCCAUGGAGACGGUGCGACACAAGCACCAGGAUAUAUACCAGGACGCGCGGCUGGCGGGGCUACACACGGAAGGGGACGGGAUACUGAUGACCCUACGCAACCACGAGGGGCCCUUGGCAUUGACAGAAGAUUUCCAGGAUGCCAUGGUAUGUGUUAGCGCCCUCUUUGAUCAGGUGCACCAGGCCUGCACUCAGCUUGACGAGCUUGCCGACAGACGACUGACCAUCCUCAACCAGAGACUGCAACUUGCGGUGUUCGAAGAGCAGACGGCAGACGUUACAGAAUGGAUGAGCAAAGAGGGAGAAAUCCAUCUGGGUCAGAUGAAGGAGGAGAAAGCAGAGUCCUUGGGAAGCAUCCACACCAUCCAGAAGGACUUUGAAAAGUUCUACUUCACUGCCAUGAAACACAUUGGCCGGGGUGAGGAUCUGUUGGAGGAUGCCCAGGGCCUGGCUGAGGCCUGCGAGACAGAGCAAGCCGGAGUCCGCGAGAUCGCCCGGUCGCUGAGACACCAGCUCAAACUCUUUACAGACCGUCUUGAAGACAAGAGGAGAUAUAUCGAGGAUGCGGGGAGGCUCUACACCAUGCUGGAUAAGGCAUAUGAGUGGGCGCUUGAUGGAAUGAAAUUUGUUGCGGUGCUCGGCCACGAGAAGAGCAACACGAGAGAGCAGUGCCGCAUCCAGCUGUGCACCCUCGAGAAGUACCUGCGAGAUAACCCACCCACCACCCAAGACACCUUCCUGGAGAUGUGCAAGCUCUCCAAGCAGCUGGGCAAAGAGCAGUGCAUCCAGCAGUGCGACUUUGCCAAGCGCCGCUGUCAGGAGACCGGCGACAUGAUCCAGGAGAAGAUCGACAAGCUGCACAGUGUGCUGCGCAGUCCACGGGGUAGCUUCAAACUCCGGAUGGAAUCGGUCGACAGGGGCAGGAUGUCCGCUCAGGACAGGACUCUCUACGAGAGAAGCUCCUCGGCCACGUGUGAAGGGGUCGGGAGUCUUGGGCAUCAACUGAAGCCCAUCCAGAGUGGGGCUCAGGACUCGGAGGGGCCAAUCAGCAAGGUGGAGCUACUGCGGAAGGGAAGCCGCUCAGCCCCUCCCAAGCAGCACAGAGACUCCCUCCACAGUAACGGCUCGGUGGACUCUGGGAUAUCGGUCGGGGAGAAGAUCCUUGAACGAGGAGCUGUGCCGAUGUCGCCGACAUCUGCGGACUCGCCCAGCGACUUCUCUGUCAGGCAACGCAAGAUGGCUGCCCUCAUUAAACCCAUCAGUGAGAUUGUGGACACGAGAAGCCUGGAGAAACUAGACGAGGGUUACGAGGAGGCGGAAACAAACGCUGCGAGACGACCCUCCGAGUCGGCGGCUCACUCCGUCAUGGAACCAAAGAGAAGCUACUCGGUGAUGCUGUCUAGAAAGACUGAAGAUGAUGAGGAUCUUUCUGGAGAGAAACAGGACAGGGUGUGUCGGAAGGCCAACAUGGAAGAUGAGUUUCAACUCUCCGAUGAGGAAACUCCUGAAGCGACGGAAACCCACUGGUCGCCGAAGGAUGCCAAUCGCCACAUCAGGAAGUCUGUCUCCCAGGCGCCCGGUACCCCGCUCAAGCUUGAGGAGGUGUCCAAUGCUGGGCCGUCGGGCAACAAGGACCAUCCUAACUAUCGACGGAUGGUGCUGAUACUGGACGAGAUGAUACAGACAGAGCAGGAUUAUGUACUGGCUCUCAAGUACAUCAUUGAGAAUUAUUUUCCUGAAAUGGACCGGGACGACAUCCCCCAGGGCCUGCGAGGGCAGCGCAGCGCCGUCUUCGGAAAUCUGGAGAAGAUCUACGAGUUUCAUGAUCGACAUUUCCUGAAGGCGCUCAGCCACUGUCAGAACGACCCGCUACAGGUCUGCCAUUGCUUCUUACAACACAAAAAAGGUUUUGGAUUGUAUGCUCUGUACAAUAAGAACAAGCCCCGAUCUGACAGUUUGUUGGCCGACUACGGCGCAUUCUUCAGGACUAAGCAGCGUAAGAUCCGAGACCGUAUGGAUUUAGCCAGCUACCUCCUGAAGCCUGUCCAGAGACUGGGCAAGUACGCUCUGCUGCUCCGUGACCUCAUCAGGGAAUGCCGACCCUCAGACCAGGAGCUGACCUCACUCAAAACUGCUGAGGAGAUGGUGCAGUUUCAGAUGCGGCAUGGCAACGACCUCCUCGCAAUGGAUUCAAUCAAAGAUUGUGAUGUGGAUCUCCAUGAGCAGGGAGAAUUACUGAGACAGGGUGAAUUCUUGGUGUAUCGUGGCCAUCGUAAGUGCGUGCGGCACGUCUUCCUCUUUGAAGACAUGAUUCUGUUCAGCAAGACACGACGCACGGCUAGAGGGCACGACAUGUAUCACUACAAGUUCAGCCUUAAGAUGACAGAUAUAGGCAUGACUGAGAACAUCGGCGAGAGCGGCCUGAAACUAGAGAUUUGGUUCCGCCGGCGUAAGACCAACGACAAGGCUUAUACUCUCCAUGCACGCUCCACCAGCAUCAAGCAAGCCUGGACCCAGGACAUCAGUAAGCUGCUCUGGAGGCAGGCCUUCAGGAGCAAAGAAGCAAGGCAGGCCCAGCUGUCAUCCAUGGGCGUGGGCAGUAAACCCUGCCUGGACAUCAAGCCCAACGAGGAUAGAAUCAACGACCGGGCCAUCAACAUGAGACACAGAGCACCUCGGAUGAGGAACUCCAUCGCCAUCACCUCCUUCAGUCCUAGUCAGCUCCUCAACCCUUACACCUUCUCCAACCUCUCCCUGAGCAGCACUAAUCUCUCGGUCAGCCCCACCCGGAUGCGCCGUUCCAUCACAGCAACGGCGGGGGCAACAGCAGCAGCAGCUCCACACAGGCGUCCAAUCAGCAGCGAGCUGCCGUUAGAAGAACGCUCCGGCAAUACGAUGCCUCAGUCACCAAUCUCGAACCUUGAGGAUGCGUUCUCGAGGCAAAGUUCGGACAGCGGGAGUGUCUUCAACCCAGAGGAGACAUCGGGCAGCACGGAGGAGCAGUCGGGAGGCACGGAGGAGCCAUCGGGAGGCACGGAGGAGCCGUUGGGAGCCAUGGCGGAACCGUCAGGAGGCAUGGAGGAGCCGUUGGGAGCCAUGGCGGAACCGUCGGGAGGCACUGAGGAACCGUCAGGAGGUACAGUGGAACCAUCAGGAGGUAUGGAGGAGCAGUCAGGAGGUACAGAGCAACGGGAGGUGCAAUGUGAGUGUCUGGACAGCAGGGGGGUGGACGAGACUAGGAAUACAGUAGCUCGUAGUAUAACUCAGGUGUGACAAGCCCAACUACCAGGAAGACCAUAUACUGUAGACUUAGUUUUGCCAGAGUGUAGCACGGCAGCAUCAAGUCAUCAUGAGGUUUGUUGAACUGGACCGACCCGGAUAAAACAUGAUGAAGGGCGAAGAUUCCUGGGAGAUUCCAUCUGCGGUGACUGGGAAGCAGACUUUAAGCAACACCACAUCGGAGGAAGAUGUUUCUAAUUUGGUCCGGUUAAUGUAAGCCCGCUCGCUGUGGUGCUGAAGAUGGUUAUCUCCGUGAGAGAUUGAAUGUUGGCCAUUCUUAUCUGCUAGCGUGGCUCCCUUUGGUCGCUCUCGAUUGGCUCCCAGGAGGGCGUGAACUUUCAAACUUGGUUCUCCCCAUGGAUGGGAGUGGUGCUACAGAGACAUUGACCCUUUUUGGCAUGACUCUCGCAAAUUGAGUUGUUUCACACCGGCGAGUAACUAACUCGAGGGAAUCGUUCGGAAAGUUAAGGCUGAUAAGUGAACUGCCCAAUUUGAGCGCAGCCCUCCCCCCCCCUACAACCACUCUGGAGUUAAUGAUCGCUGCCAAGUUACAUGGGUUCCUGACAUGAUGUGUCAGCGCUUUUUUUGUUCCUCGUGUCUUUGUUAAUUACGAGCUCCUCGAUGCAUUGUCUGCAGGGAAUUGGAGUUCGGUGCAACGGCAGCUGUGAUGUGCUGUGUGUCAUGUAAGACGGGGAGAGGGGGGCAGACGAGUUGUUAACUGACAGGAGGGUGGGUAAGUGCACGCUGCAGGGGUCGAUGUCAUCGAUCUCAAGACAACCCGCUAAGCACGUUUCCUGUGUAAGCAGAUAAAUUUUCACAACACACACGCCUGUAAACUCAAAUUCCUUGAUUGGGAUGCAUACCACAUUAUAAUUUUGUCGAGAUCGUUAAGCCAGAGGGUAGCUAAGAAGUUACGUGUAGGUUUACUUUUUGUUUACUAUUAACUCUGGGAGCCCUACCAGUUAACAAAAGAUUUGAAGCAAAUUUGUUAAAACUUGCUCAGGUCCAAUGUAACUUUACUUGUGGCAUGGCAUUGCUUGCAGUUCUGCUUCAGAAAUAAUGCAGUCGCUUAUCAGUGGUCUUUCUGUAAAGUAAGACAGAAAGACUGAAAGUUUUAGUCCCAUGGCGUCAGCCCCCUAUAUUCUUUUGUCAGAAGUCCGGAUUGAUAUGGUCACAAUACCAUACCAACUUCUGGAAAAUUGAAGUAGAGUACCUCCAAUUGGACACACUCAGAAACCAAGUCCAUCCACUGUAAAACUGCCCCUAAAUUAAUCAUUAUUAGAUAUAACCUCUUGUUAAGUUAUUUGCAAGCCUAAAGUAAGUUAAAUUCUUUGUAAAAGUGGAAGCUGGUUGGUAGUUGAAAGUAUCCCAACUAAAAGUUGGCAGGUUUUUUUUCUUCUUUUGGACCUCAGAGACUAUUGUCUUGGCCACAUUUUACCUCUUCAACCAUGUUUUGUAAAAUGUAAAAAAAAAAAAUUAAUGCCUUUGGCUUUGUAAAUGUUCAGAAUAUGAAUCUUGUGAUAGUCCUGUUUUGGGGUUGGUUUUUUUUUUAUUCGAAAGCAUCAUCAGACCUGCCAGUUUUUUAUAACUCUGACCAAAAAAAGUAACCAAAGUCUGUGGAUUUCACUAGUAUUUGUUGUCUUGUAUAUAAAAGAAAACAACCAUUGAAUUAAAUGGUGCUAACUUAUUGGGUUUU